AUGACACAAGAGUACCGAGCCUUAGCACGUGAAGAAGGAAAGUUUCCUACCAAGCAUAGAGACCCGGGAAGAUUCACAAUUCCAUGUGUUGUUGGUGGCUCCACAAUCAAUAGAUCACUUUGUGAUUUAGGAGCAAGUGUUAAUAUAAUGCCUUUAUCUCUUUGCAAGAAGCUCAAUUUGGGAGAGCCACAACCGGUCCAAUUCACACUCCAAUUUGCCGACCGGUCAACCAAAAGUCCUAUUGGAAUUCUUGAGGAUGUUCCCAUUCGUGUUGACAAGUAUUUUGUGCCUUGUGACUUCGUGGUAAUGGAUAUUCGAGAAGACCCAUACACUCCAAUCAUUUCUAGGAGACCUUUCUUGGCCACAACGGGAGCAAUAAUUGAUGCAUGGAAAGGAUCAAUGAUCUUUGAUUUUGGAGAAGAGAAAGUGGCAUUCAAUGUUCUUGAAGAUCCUAAUUCUCGUGUUAUUGAAAGGUGUUAUAAGGCCGAUGUGAUGGGUAGCAAGACUCGUGAUGGAGAUGCUAAUUUUGCACAUAUGGAGAAAGUCGAAAAAGGAUGUCUUUUGGGACACAAAGCUUGUGUUGGAACUUCAAUGAGGCUAGUUAUGGCGGUAGCCUAA